AUGCCUGUCAUCUGCACGAAAGCAAUCAAGCGGCAUUUUCGCUUGAUUUUGCGAAGUCCUGCUCCGGUAAUAUAUGAAUGCAAGAGGACCUGUUUUACAACAUUGAGGAAACCAUAUAAUAGUUUUCAAUUACGCAGAUCUAAUUCAAGAAACGACUCAAAUUCUGUAAUUAAUAAAUACUUCGUUCAGAGCAAUCAAGAGAAAGCUAUGGGAGCAUUGAGCCCCUUAGAUCCCUCUUCCUUCUCAAGACCAGAAAUUGCAAUAAUCAGACACAUAUCUCUAAUACUGGAUGUGGAUUUUGAGAAUAAAGUGCUGAGUGGUAUUGCUGAUCUCAACUUUGAUGUACUCCAGAAUACUGAAGAAAUAAUUUUGGAUGUCAAUAAUGUGACAAUACAAUCCAUCGAGUUCAGAGAUGGCACACAGCUUCAAUACAACAUAGGCAGUCACGUCCCCAACUUUGGCUCCAAACUGUCCGUUUCAUUGCCACAUCCAUUCGUCGCCAGACAAAAAUUAGUCUUAAGGAUCAAGUAUAAGACUUCGCCCUCUGCGUCGGCGUUGCAAUGGUUGGAACCAAAUCAGACGUCUGGAAAGCAGCAUCCCUAUCUUUUUAGCCAGUGUCAGCCGAUCCACGCGCGCUCGAUCCUGCCGUGCCAGGACACGCCCUCUGUGAAGUUCACGUACGACGCGGAGGUGACCGCGCCCGAGCAGUUCGUGGUGCUGAUGAGCGCGGUGCGCGGCGAGAACCGCGACAAGCGCACCAUGUUCCAGCAGUCGGUGCCGAUACCGUCGUACCUGCUGGCGAUCGCCGUCGCCGCGCUCGAACACCGCCGCCUGGGGCCGAGAUCCCUGGUGUGGUCGGAGCGCGAAGAGAUCGAACGCAGCGCUUGGGAGUUCGCCGACACCGAGAGGUACCUGGCGGCGGCCGAGGACCUCUGCGGGCCCUACCAGUGGGGCCAGUACGACCUGCUGGUGCUGCCCCCCACCUUCCCCUACGGCGGAAUGGAGAACCCGUGCCUCACCUUCGUCACUCCGACUUUGCUGGCCGGCGACAGGAGCCAGGCGGACGUGAUAGUGCACGAGAUCAUGCACAGCUGGACGGGCAACCUGGUGACCAACCGCAACUUCGAGCACUUCUGGCUGAACGAGGGCUUCACCGUGUUCCUGGAGAGGAAGGUCGGCGCCUCCCUCAUAGCGGACGCCGCCGAGGCGAGGCGCAGCAGGGACUUCCACAGCAUCCUCGGCCUGCAGGAACUCAGCGAGACGAUCAACGACCAUUUCGGAGCUGCGAGCCCAUUAACAAAGCUGGUUCCCGACCUAAAGGGUGUUCAUCCGGACGAUGCGUUCUCCAGGGUCCCUUACGAGAAGGGCUCCCUGUUCCUACGUUACUUGGAGGACCUGGUGGGGGGGCCCGAAGUGUUUGACGAGUUCCUCCGCUCGUAUCUGGGGCACUUCCAGAAGCAGUCAUUGGACACCGACGAGUUCAGGGAUUACCUGCUAAGCUAUUUCAGCGGCGACCACAACUUGGCCAACGUCGACUGGAACGCCUGGUUCUACGGCAGCGGAAUGCCCCCCAUCAUUCCGAAUUACGACACGUCUAUGACGAAGGCCGUCACCGCCCUAGUCACGAAGAUCACCGAAGAAGACAAGUUUUCCUACGACGACGUUAAAUCGUUCACGCCGCACCAGAUGAUAAACUUACUCCAGGAGCUUAUCGAUAAAGAGGCACUGCCAAUAGAGAAGUUGCGUAGCGUAGGCGACGUGUACAAAGUCAACGCCAGCAAGAAUUCGGAGAUCAUCUAUAGAUGGCUGAGAUUGUGCAUCCGGAGCAGGGAUCAGGAAAAAUUGAAUGAUGUGUUCAAUUUCGUGAACCAGCAGGGGCGUAUGAAAUACGUACGACCGAUUUACAGGGACCUCUACGCGUGGGAGGAAGUACGCCAACAGGCCAUAGACAACUUCCUACAACAGGAGCCGUACAUGAUGCACGUUUCCGCUUACACUCUGCGUAAAGACUUGCAUCUCAGUGAU